AUGUCUACCAGACUUCCAUUCACCAAGAUUGUGCACAACCCCACCAAGCCUGAACUUGUUUUAGCUAAUGGUCACCACUUUUUAGUUUUAAACACCAGUACUGGCGAAUUGAUCAAAUCUUACCCUCAAGAUGCCAACAUUGAUAAUGUCAGUGAUUAUUAUCGUAGCAUGCAAUUCAACAAGGACGGUUCCUUGCUUGCUACUUCUGGCGAGAACAAGGAAGUCUGUGUUUGGGAUACCAAGGAUUGGUCAUUAAAGUUUUCUAGACCUGCUUAUAAGCGUGUCAAUGCUAUUGCAUUCAACAAAGACUCAACUCAAUUACUUGCUGCUGAUAAGUUUGGUGAUGUCUAUCUUCAUCCUGCCGAGCAAGGUGCUGAGGGCCAAGAGAAGCUUCAACCUAUUGUUGGUCAUGUCUCCAUGGUGACCGAUAUGUUGUUGACAUCUAAUGAUAAAUACGUUGUUACAUCUGAUCGUGAUGAGCACAUUAGAGUUAGUCGUUUCCCCAACGGCUACAACAUUGAAUCGUUCUGUCUUGGUCAUACAGAUGUUGUUACAUGUAUUGACAUCUUGCCCUGGGAUGAGGCCAUUCUAGUAUCAGCUGGUGGUGAUGGUACCGUCCGUCUUUGGGACUAUGUCAAGGGAACCAACAAACAAGUUAUCGACCUGAAAUCCGAGAUUGAAGCUUAUAAACCUCCUGCUGCUGAUGCCAAUUCUGAGGAUGCUAUUAUCAGUGCAUUGGCUUUCGAUACUAAUACCAAGACGCUUGCUGUCGCAUUUGCCAAGUCUCCUGCUGUCCUCAUUUUGAACUGGAAAGAGGACGUUGGAUUCGUGUACAGUGAAACCAAGCUUGCUCCUUCACCUAUUCUUGAUGUUGCCUAUGACUUACAGGGUAAACUUUGGGCAUCUUUGGAUGGAGAGAAGCUCAUCCAUGUCUUUGGUGAUGAUGAGCAAGAGUUAUCAAAGCAAAUCAACGCUGCUGAAGUUUGCAAGUCUGAUAAGAUCUUUGAUCUUUAUACUAUCUUUGGCCUUCGCAAAUUCCUCGAUCUUCCCGAGAAUCAAGCAAAUGAAGAAACAGCCUCCAACAAGAAGAGAAAGACGGAGUAA